AGUUCUUCUCCCUCCGUUUCUUAAAAGCUCAAAAGCUCGAAAAACAACACUGACAGUUAAAACACUGAAAGAACCACCGUAAUCGAUGGCGGCGCUGACACCGUACGGCAUCAAACUCGCCGUCCACAUCAUCACUACCGACUUCGGAAACCUCGUCGCUAAAAUAUGCGAAUGUAUACUCAGAAGAGGAACCCAAAGUAGAGCGUUGAUUUCUCGAUUCACUGAACUCCCUCAAGACAAAGUGAAGAAAUGUUUAUGGGUUUUAAUUCAGCAUAAUUGUGUUCAAGCUUUCGGCCUUGAACAAGAAGGGGGUGCCAGAGAUACUACAGUGGUAGUCACACAGUACAUGGCAUUGUUUGAUAACAUCAUUCAGCGCUUGAGGUUCCCGAAGUUCAUGGUUACAGUGUCAAUGGAGAAGGAUAAAAAAGGUGAGGAGAUUCUUGAAGGGUUGCUGCAGCAUGGCAGACUCACUCUCACGCAAAUUCUGGAUAGAGCACGGGCCCGUUCAAGUGUAGGAAAUCAAGAUGCUCACCGAGAAAGCUUCAGAAAACUUGUUCGCGGCCGUUUUGUUGAACGGUGCCCUGCUCCAGAGCCAUUAAUAUCUUUACCAACUGAGGGAGAAGGUCCUGCUAAGAAAGGAGGGGGGAGAAAUAAGAUUGCUAGGAAAGAAGUGACCCUGGAAGAACGCGCUUUGGCUGCUGCAAUUCCCAUGGACGCAGAGAGAUUUUCCAUCUCAUAUGACCAAGGAGUUGAUUCUGAUGAAGAAAAAAGCGAGAGUAAAAGUUCAGGCCUGAAAGUUGGAGAGAAGAGGAAACAACAUAAUCUGGAGUGGGACAAUGAACUUGAUAUUAAUGGGGGUAAGAAAGAACCAGUAUGGCGAGUGAAUUUUGAUGAGUUUAUUAAGCGUCUAAGGAUAAAGGCCUGCGUUGAGUAUGCCAGAUCAGAGUAUGACAACGUUGCAGCAGUGAUUUUGAAUUCUAUGUUGGAAGGGACUCAAAGAACAACUAGCACAGUGUCGUUGUCUCUGGAUUCAAUUUUCGAACAGGUUAUUAAGAGAGAAGAAGGUCUCACUAUGAACUUGGAGCAUCUAAGAUGCUCUCUUGAACAACUGGAUUUUUGUUCUGAAGCAGAUGAUGUGUACACCAUUAAUCUGCAUGAAAUCAUAAAGAAAGCUCAAUUCGAAGAGGUGGAGUCUAUUGUGAAAAAGCGGUAUGGGAUAGAGGCUUUUAGGAUGUUCAGGUCAUUAUCAAACGGUCGUCCACUGGAUACUGAUAAGAUUUCGGAACGUACCUUCGUUGACAAAAAAAGUACACCACAGAUUCUGUAUAAGCUUUGGAAGGAUAAUUACAUACAAAUGGAGAAAAUAAGUACUGGAGGUCCAAGACAGACAGACUUCUUUUUAUGGAGAGUGAAAAAAGACAAUCUCUGGCAUCAAAUUUUGGAUGAACUGUACCAUGCUGCACUUAAUCUGUCCCUGCGAUAUGCUCAUGAAGUCGAUCAAGAGCGAGAGAUCCAGAACUUGAGCAUGGAAAACCCGCCACCGGAGGUUAAGAAGAGGAGAGAACGACUACGAAAUGUGAGGUUUCUCCUAGACUCGUCCUUAAUGAAGCUAGAUGAUGCCGUUAUGCUCUUUCACGAUUUUCUGGUAUGAGUUCUUCUGUCUUCGAAGGGGUUAUUAAUUACCGGAUUAGACGACAACGGUUACAAAGUAGAAGUAUUUAACUCCAUUUUUUGUAGUGCAAAAUGUGAAUUUUUCUUCAUUUCUUCUUGUUCUUCAAGGCUUCAAGCUCUUCUCUUAGCUAAGUAAGUAUGUCUUUAGUCUUUAUAGAAAUAAUUUAUAAAUAAUUCGAAGUACGAUGUUAUUUAUUUAUAUGAUUUAAAAUCUAAAGUGGUUUUAGUAAAAUGUAAAUGACCCUAUUUAUUAUUUA